UCCACCUUACCAGAGAGAGGAGGAUCACAGACUGAAAGACACUGAAAUCAUAAAAGUGGACACUACAUUUUGUAAAGUCAUUGAACCCAGAGCUCGCUUGCAGUGCAAAAGAAAGCCAUGCAGGAUGAAGAUGGAUACAUCACCUUAAAUAUUAAAGCUCGAAAACCAGCUCUCACUUCAGUUGACCCUGCUCCCUCAUCUCUGUGGCGUGUGAUGGCUUUGAUUCUGCUGGUCUUGUGUAUCGGGCUGGUUGGUGGACUAGUGGCUCUGGGGAUUAUGUCUGUCACGCAGCAAAACUACCUACAAGUUGAGAAUAAAAAUCUCUCAGGGACUCUUCAACAAUUAGCAAAGAAGCUCUGCCAAGAUUUAAUAAAACAAUCAAAACAAAAGGAAGGUUCCAGCCAUACGUGCAGCCCAUGUGAAACGAAUUGGAGAUAUUAUGGAGAUAGUUGCUAUGGGUUCUUCAGGCACAACUUAACCUGGGAAGAGAGUAAGCAGUACUGUACCAACAUGAAUGCUACUUUACUGAAGAUUGCCAGCCAGAACAUCCUGGAAUACAUCAAAUCCAGGACUGGAUUCAUUCGUUGGGUUGGAUUGUCCCGCCAAAACUCUAGUGAGCUCUGGAGGUGGGAAGAUGGCUCAGUUCCCUCCAAAGAUGUGUUUGAGCUUUCUGGAAAUGGAAGAGAAAAUAUGAAUUGUGCUUAUUUUCAGAAUGGGAAAAUUUACCCUACCUUGUGUAAGAACAAACAUUAUUUAAUGUGUGAGAGAAAGGCAGGCAUGGCAAAGAUAGGCAAACUACUUUAAUGCAAAGAGAUGGGCAGUAUGUCAUAGACCCGUGCUUGAUUGUACAAUAAAAUAUCUGAAUGUAGGUAUCACUAACCAUAAAA